AUGGGGUCGGCGCUGGUUCAGCGCGGGGGCUGCUUUCUUCUAUGCCUGUCGCUGCUGCUGCUGGGCUGCUGGGCAGAAUUGGGCAGCGGGUUGGAGUUCCCUGGUGCUGAGGGCCAGUGGACGCGCUUCCCCAAGUGGAACGCCUGCUGUGAGAGCGAGAUGAGCUUCCAGCUGAAGACACGCAGCGCCCGGGGCCUCGUGCUCUACUUUGACGACGAGGGCUUCUGCGACUUCCUGGAGCUCAUCCUGACUCGGGGUGGCCGCCUGCAGCUCAGUUUCUCCAUCUUCUGCGCGGAGCCUGCCACACUGCUAGCGGACACACCUGUCAACGACGGCGCGUGGCACAAUGUGCGCAUCCGUCGCCAAUUCCGCAACACCACUCUCUACAUCGACCAGGCCGAGGCCAAGUGGGUGGAGGUCAAGUCCAAGCGCAGGGACAUGACGGUGUUCAGCGGGCUCUUCGUGGGCGGCCUGCCCCCGGAACUGCGAGCUGCAGCGCUCAAGCUCACUCUGGCCUCUGUGAGGGAGCGCGAGCCCUUCAAGGGCUGGAUCCGCGAUGUCCGGGUCAACUCAUCGCAGGCGGUGCCUGUGGACAGCGGCGAGGUCAAGCUGGAUGACGAGCCGCCCAACAGUGGCGGGGGAAGCCCGUGCGAGGCGGGCGACGAGGGCGAAGGUGGCGUGUGCCUCAAUGGAGGCGUGUGCUCAGUGAUCGAUGACCAGGCCGUGUGCGACUGCUCUAGGACAGGCUUCCGAGGCAAAGACUGCAGCCAAGAAGACAACAAUGUGGAAGGUCUGGCACACCUGAUGAUGGGCGACCAAGGUAUGGAUAAAAGUGAUUCCAACAUAGAAUCAUCGAGUCACCUUAUCCUAGGCGAUCAGGGAAAGGAAGAGUACAUCGCCACAUUCAAGGGCUCUGAAUACUUCUGCUACGACCUGUCACAGAACCCCAUCCAAAGCAGCAGCGACGAAAUAACCCUGUCCUUUAAAACUCUUCAGAGGAAUGGACUGAUGCUUCACACAGGGAAAUCAGCGGAUUAUGUCAAUCUUGCCUUGAAAAAUGGAGCUGUCUCUCUGGUCAUUAAUUUGGGAUCAGGGGCCUUUGAAGCGCUAGUGGAGCCCGUGAAUGGAAAGUUUAAUGAUAAUGCCUGGCAUGAUGUGAAAGUCACCAGGAAUCUGCGUCAGCACUCAGGCAUUGGACACGCUAUGGUAAACAAACUACAUUGUUCGGUGACAAUAUCAGUGGAUGGGAUUCUUACCACAACGGGCUACACGCAAGAAGAUUACACCAUGCUGGGGUCUGAUGACUUUUUCUAUGUGGGAGGCAGUCCCAGCACAGCCGACCUUCCAGGGUCACCAGUCAGUAACAACUUUAUGGGCUGUCUCAAAGAGGUUGUAUACAAAAAUAAUGAUGUAAGGCUGGAGUUAUCUCGACUUGCCAAGCAGGGAGAUCCUAAGAUGAAGAUCCAUGGAGUGGUGGCAUUUAAGUGUGAAAAUGUGGCAACAUUAGAUCCAAUAACUUUUGAAACCCCAGAGUCUUUCAUUUCUUUGCCUAAAUGGAAUGCAAAGAAAACAGGCUCAAUAUCAUUUGAUUUCCGUACCACAGAACCAAAUGGCCUCAUCUUGUUUAGCCAUGGCAAGCCAAGACAUCAAAAGGAUGCCAAGCACCCACAGAUGAUUAAGGUUGACUUUUUUGCUAUUGAGAUGCUGGAUGGUCACCUGUACCUCCUCUUAGACAUGGGGUCGGGUACUAUAAAAAUAAAAGCCCUGCAGAAGAAAGUGAAUGAUGGAGAAUGGUAUCACGUGGAUUUCCAGCGAGAUGGACGGUCAGGUACCAUUUCUGUCAACACACUGCGCACUCCCUACACAGCUCCUGGUGAGAGCGAGAUCCUGGACCUCGAUGAUGAGCUCUAUCUGGGGGGCUUGCCAGAAAAUAAGGCGGGCCUUGUCUUCCCCACUGAGGUGUGGACUGCUUUGCUCAACUAUGGCUACGUGGGCUGCAUCCGGGAUCUCUUCAUUGACGGUCAGAGCAAAGACAUCCGGCAGAUGGCGGAAAUUCAGAGCACGGCUGGAGUGAAGCCAUCCUGCUCAAGGGAGACAGCAAAACCGUGCCUUAGCAAUCCUUGCAAAAACAAUGGCAUGUGCAGAGAUGGCUGGAACAGAUAUGUCUGUGAUUGCUCCGGAACAGGAUAUCUCGGCAGGUCCUGUGAGAGAGAGGCAACGGUUUUGAGCUAUGAUGGAAGUAUGUUCAUGAAAAUUCAGCUCCCGGUUGUGAUGCACACUGAGGCUGAGGAUGUGUCUUUACGGUUCAGAUCCCAGCGUGCAUACGGUAUUCUGAUGGCCACCACUUCUAGAGACUCUGCCGAUACCCUUCGACUGGAGCUGGAUGCAGGGCGUGUGAAACUCACGGUCAAUCUAGAUUGUAUCAGGAUUAACUGUAAUUCCAGCAAAGGUCCUGAGACCCUUUUUGCCGGCUAUAACCUCAAUGAUAAUGAAUGGCACACAGUGCGUGUGGUUCGUCGAGGAAAAAGUUUAAAACUAACAGUGGAUGAUCAACAAGCCAUGACAGGCCAAAUGGCAGGUGACCACACAAGACUGGAGUUUCAUAACAUAGAGACUGGUAUCAUCACAGAACGACGUUAUCUUUCUUCUGUUCCCUCAAACUUCAUUGGACACCUGCAAAGCCUGACGUUUAAUGGGAUGGCAUACAUUGACUUAUGCAAAAAUGGUGAUAUAGAUUACUGUGAGCUCAAUGCCAGGUUUGGCUUCAGGAACAUCAUUGCAGAUCCUGUCACCUUCAAGACCAAAUCGAGCUAUGUUGCCUUAGCUACAUUGCAAGCCUACACUUCUAUGCAUCUCUUUUUCCAGUUCAAGACCACAUCCCUAGAUGGACUAAUUCUGUAUAACAGUGGGGAUGGAAACGACUUUAUUGUGGUUGAAUUAGUUAAAGGGUACUUACAUUAUGUGUUUGACUUGGGAAACGGUGCUAACCUCAUCAAAGGGAGCUCAAAUAAACCACUCAACGACAAUCAGUGGCACAAUGUGAUGAUUUCAAGGGACACCAGCAAUCUCCACACUGUAAAAAUCGACACGAAAAUUACAACGCAAAUCACUGCAGGAGCCAGAAACUUAGACCUCAAGAGUGACUUGUACAUCGGAGGAGUGGCUAAGGAAACAUACAAAUCCUUGCCAAAACUGGUCCACGCCAAAGAAGGCUUUCAAGGUUGCCUGGCAUCUGUGGACUUAAAUGGUCGGCUUCCAGAUCUCAUCUCGGAUGCUCUCUUCUGCAAUGGGCAAAUUGAGAGAGGAUGUGAAGGGCCCAGCACAACCUGCCAAGAGGACUCAUGUUCAAAUCAAGGAGUCUGCUUGCAGCAAUGGGACGGCUUUAGCUGUGACUGCAGCAUGACUUCCUUCAGUGGGCCACUCUGCAACGACCCUGGGACAACGUAUAUCUUUAGCAAAGGUGGUGGACAGAUCACGUAUAAAUGGCCUCCUAAUGACCGGCCCAGCACACGAGCAGACAGGCUGGCUAUAGGGUUUAGCACUGUUCAGAAGGAAGCAGUGUUGGUGCGAGUGGACAGUUCCUCAGGCUUGGGUGACUAUCUUGAACUGCACAUACACCAAGGAAAAAUUGGAGUUAAGUUUAAUGUUGGGACAGAUGACAUCGCCAUAGAAGAAUCCAAUGCAAUCAUUAAUGAUGGAAAAUACCAUGUAGUGCGUUUCACGAGGAGUGGAGGCAAUGCCACUUUACAGGUGGACAGCUGGCCAGUCAUCGAGCGCUACCCUGCAGGAAACAAUGAUAACGAGCGCCUGGCGAUUGCUAGACAGCGAAUUCCAUAUCGACUUGGUCGAGUAGUUGAUGAAUGGCUACUCGACAAAGGGCGUCAGCUCACAAUCUUCAAUAGCCAAGCAACCAUAAUAAUUGGCGGGAAAGAGCAGGGCCAGCCCUUCCAGGGCCAGCUCUCUGGGCUUUACUACAAUGGCUUGAAAGUUCUGAAUAUGGCAGCAGAGAAUGAUGCCAACAUCGCCAUAGUGGGGAAUGUGAGGCUGGUUGGUGAAGUGCCUUCCUCUAUGACAACUGAGUCGACAGCCACUGCCAUGCAGUCAGAAAUGUCCACCUCAAUCAUGGAGACCACAACAACCCUGGCUACCAGCACGGCAAGAAGAGGAAAGCCCCCCACGAAAGAGCCUGUCAGCCAGACCUCAGAUGAUAUCCUUGUGGCCUCAGCAGAGUGUCCCAGCGAUGAUGAGGAUAUUGACCCCUGUGAGCCGAGCUCAGGUGGGUUAGCCAAUCCCACCCGAGUGGGUGGUCGCGAACCUUACCCAGGCUCCGCAGAGGUGAUCCGGGAGUCCAGCAGUACCACUGGCAUGGUGGUGGGAAUUGUUGCCGCUGCUGCCCUGUGCAUCCUCAUCCUCCUCUACGCCAUGUACAAGUACAGAAACCGGGAUGAAGGGUCAUACCACGUGGAUGAGAGUCGAAACUACAUCAGUAACUCAGCACAGUCCAAUGGGGCUGUGGUCAAGGAGAAACAGCCCAGCAGCGCCAAAAGCGCCAAUAAAAACAAGAAAAACAAGGAUAAAGAGUAUUAUGUCUGAUUCCAAGAUUCGAAAAAGACACUUGUAUAGAAAUAGUCUUCAUUUUAUCUGAGACAUAAUAUAAACUUAUUUACUUUCCUUUUUACGAAGCACAUACAAAAGAAGACAGGGAAUGCAAUCAGGAGGGAAAACUCUUUUUAAAAAAAAAAGAACAAGCAAACAAGUAUCUCAUGCUCUUGUUUCUCAAAAAAUAAAAACAAAAAAAUGAGAGAGAGAAGAAAGGAAGGAAAAAAAUCUAAAACAAACAACAAAAAACAAAAACACAGGGGCCAAUAAAUUCCCUAACAUCCGCAGCGUUUUCAUUUACUCUGCCUGUCUUUAUGUUGCUGGAACAUUCUAAAAGACGGUGAGGACCGCACGCAUUCAUAUAGCAAAGGAGUAUUACAUCGAGGCACAACACAAAACCAACACAAAACACACAUACACAAAGAAGCUACCUAUGAUCCUGGAUUCAGCCAAAGUGCUAGCGCUUUCCUGAGAAGUCAGUGGGUCGGAGUGCCAGAGGAGAACGUCCGUUUGUGGGACCAUCUGCAGAUCAUGAGGAGCUGGCCGUCUGGUGCAAUGGAGCAGGGGUUGGAACCUGCACUCGAGACAAAAGUGCUGGCUUUUUUGAAGACUUGUGUAGGAAGGCAUUCAAAAAGCCCCUUUCUGUUUGUGAGAGAAUAUGAAAUCAAAGUACGGAGGCCUUAUUUAAAAAAAUGGGAAAUAUAAGGCACGUUUUCACACUAAACAAAACGAGAGGGCAUAGAUGCAAUCACUGGGAAUUUUCAUGCACGCUUACUAUGUUAUUACAUAUGUUUAUAUAAAACCCAUCUCUGUGUGCUUUCUGGACUGUGAUAAGUGACGUUUUAUAGCCUGUUGUAUAGAAAAUGCAAACUAUAUCUCUGCUCUUCAGCCAUUUUUGGUAAAUUCAAUGUUAUAAGUGUUGCUAAGUAUAGGCAGUUUUAAUGACAUCAGAGCAACAAUUAUUUCAGACCAAUUUUUUUUUGCCACCAUUAUAAAUUGCCACAAUUACUUACUUUUUUAAACAAAAAUUACAGUGUAGUGUUUAUUCUAAGAAAGAUAUGUAUGAAUGUAUAUAAAGAGACUCAGCUACUUCUUUUCUUACAUGUAUAGCCUUCAUUCUGUUGCAUUAUUAAGUUUUAGUAUUUGUAUGAAAGGUGUGAAUUAGAAGGUAAAAUAUAUACCUACGUAUCAUAUAAUCCUUUCUCUCCCCCAAAUACUCAUAUUUCUAUAUAUGUUCAACAUGCACAGAUGACACACACACACACACACAUCCAUGCAGCCAUCAGAUAUGAUGGAACAACAAAACACACAAAUACUAACAAACUGAUAAGUUCAGAGGAAGACAGUUGUGCCAAGGUAUUAUGACAAAUGUGUGAUUUGCUUCAUUGAGAUCCUGACUCUAGGAAACCUCAAGUUUUCAGACCAUAAUAAAAUGGAACCCUGUUUUAUGAAAUAGAAUAUCACCACACACUGCUGCAUAAUUAUGCAUCACUCUACAGGCAGGUUACGGAAGCAAUGUUGGUGAAUUCUGGCUGCUGCAACAGAAAACUUUGUUUCCCAUAAAAUUUGGUAUAGUCUCUGAACGUGAUGUGCGUGAUCAAGCUUUAUGGAAAGUAAGCAUUUUCUCAACUAAAAAAGUAUUCUCAAUUUUUGAUUCUGUAUUACUACCCAUUAAAAUCAUUCUAUAUUUGUUGACUAUUGACUAAAUUUUAACUUUUAUGGUUUUACAUCUUUACCAUUAAAUAUAGUUUUAGUUUAACAUACAUUGUGUAGUAGUAAAGUAUAGGUUAUACACUUGUUUUGCAUAUUCUUUCAAUGAUGUUCAUAGCAAUAAAUUAUCAAUGUGAGAGAAUAAUUCCGAGGCUGCAGGGUGAUGCUUCUGCAAAAAUUGGUUACAUGACAUAAACAUCUCCUAAAAGAAUGAUACUACGUUUCAUAAAUAAGAAGGAUACCAUUAUAAUCAGCUUUAAUCAGCAAGGCAAAAAAUGCAAAACACUUUUUGUGAUACUUAGUUAAUGAAAAAUAUGCCAAGAAGUGGCCUGGAUUUCAGACAUAACAGUACCUUAAAAAUAUGUAUAUAACAUAGCAAAUUACAAGGAACUACAGCUGCCAAGUAAUUGUGUAAGAAGUCUUGAAGGCUUUCCAUCACGUGGAAAAUAGAUGGCAUAAAACAAAAAUUUAUUACCCAUUUCUUCUGUUCAUGUCUUUAUAUAUUUUUAAUUUGCCAGGUUAAAAGAACUCGCAAGUCUUUUCCCCUUACCCUCUCAUCCAGUCUUACUCAGGGAAAGCCAGAGAAAUAAAAAGGAACAUAAAAUCACUA